AUUUCCGUCAUUAUGGCUACAGAGUACGAUAACGAGAACGGUCGCUACGACGGUAUGUCAACCGGUCAUCUUGCCUCGCCAGCUCAGCUGAUUUCCCCGGUAACAUCAUCACAACAAUGCUGACUUGCUGCUGCUCAGACGAGCCCCGUUUCGCUCGCGACCGCAGCGCAUCUCCUCGCGAUGAGCCUCGUGCUGAUCGCACCCGUAGCCGUUCUCCCAACGGUCGCGUCGAUGAUCGCGCCCCCAUUGAUCCCCGCAAGAACCUCGAUGACGAGGAGGGUGCUAUCAACACUGGAUCCAACCUGUUCGUCACUGGUAUCCACCCCCGUCUGACCGAGUCGGAUAUUUCGCGUCUGUUCGAGAAGUACGGUGAUGUCGAGAACUGCUCAAUCAUGGUCGACCCCCACACCAAGGAGUCUCGUGGAUUCGGUUUCGUCAAGAUGGUUACUGCCGAGCAGGCCGAUGCCGCUAAGGAGGGUCUCCAGGGCGAGGUCAUUGAAGGCCGCACUCUGAGCAUCGAGAAGGCUCGCCGUAGCCGUCCCAGAACCCCGACUCCCGGAAAGUACUUUGGUCCUCCCAAGCGUGAUUUCCGUGGAGGUCACCGUGGUGGCCGUGGCGAUCGCUAUGAUGAUCGUCGUGGUCCUUAUGGUGGUAGCUGGCGCCGUGGUGACGACUACCGCUAUGGCCGCUAUGACUCCUACAGCGACCGCCGCGACUAUGGUGGUCGUGACUACCGUGACUACGGUGGCCGCCGUGACUACCGUGAUGACUAUGGUUACCGUGGUGGUGGCAGCAGCGGUGGCAUUGAUCGCUAUGCUUCCGGUGGCCGCGAGGACCGUUACAGCCGCGAUGACCGUCGUGACGACCGCCGUGAAGAGCGUCGUGGCGGCAGCGGUGGUGGCUACUAUGACCGUGAUGCUAACCCCCCGAGUUACGGCUCCGCAGCUCCUGCUCGUGAUGCCUACGCAGGCGGCGGCGGUGGCAGCAGCGCUGGCGGUGGCGGCCGUUCCUAUGACCCCCGUGACGACCGUUACAGCACUAGGUAGGUGAAGUUUUGACUGAUCUGGACGGUCGGAACAGGGCCCAGAGCACGUAACCUCGUCCAGUGAUGGGUUCGUUUAGCCUCCGCGCUUCUUUC